AUGCGGUCACUAAGCUACUCUCCUGCUAAAGGAGAUGAGGAUAUCACAGUAAAACAAGAAGUAGAGAUACGGGACUAUUGUGGAUCCUCUGGGGAGCCUCAACAACCUCAUGAUGCUGAAGAGGCAGAGAAGAGUCUCUCCAGAUCAGAACACGUCAAGAAACACCAGCAGAGAUCCACAGGGAAGAAAUCUCACUGCUGCUCUGACUGUGAGAAGAGAUUCACCUCCACAUCAGCCAUUAAACUUCAUCAGAGAAUCCACACAGGAGAGAAACCUUAUAGCUGUGAUCAAUGUGGGGAGAGGUUUACUAAAUCUAGCAGUCUGACGAAACACCAGAGAACACACACAGGAGAGAAACCUUAUAGCUGUGAUCAAUGUGGAAAGAGUUUUAGUCAAUCUAGCUGUCUGAAAGUGCACCAGAGAACACACACAGGGGAGAAACCUUAUAGCUGUGAUCAAUGUGGGAAGAGUUUUACUACAUCUGGCUCUCUGACUUUACACCAGAGAACACACACAGGAGAGAAACCUUAUAGCUGUGAUCAAUGUGGGAAGAGGUUUACUAAAUCUAGCAGUCUGACGAAACACCAGAGAACACACACAGGAGAGAAACCUUAUAGCUGUGAUCAAUGUGGGAAGAGUUUUUCUACUUCUGGCUCUCUGACAGUGCACCAGAGAAUACACACAGGAGAGAAACCUUAUAGCUGUGAUCAAUGUGGGAAGAGUUUUUCUACUUCUGGCUCUCUGACAGUGCACCAGAGAAUACACACAGGAGAUAAACCUUAUAGCUGUGAUCAAUGUGGGAAGAGUUUUUAUCAUUCUAGUGAACUGACAGUGCACCAGAGAACACACACAGGAGAGAAACCUUAUAGCUGUGAUCAAUGUGGAAAGAGUUUUAGUCAAUCUAGCUGUCUGAAAGUGCACCAGAGAACACACACAGGGGAGAAACCUUAUAGCUGUGAUCAAUGUGGAAAGAGUUUUAGUCAAUCUAGCUGUCUGAAAGUGCACCAGAGAACACACACAGGGGAGAAACCUUAUAGCUGUGAUCAAUGUGGGAAGAGUUUUACUACAUCUGGCUCUCUGACUUUACACCAGAGAACACACACAGGAGAGAAACCUUAUAGCUGUGAUCAAUGUGGGAAGAGGUUUACUAAAUCUAGCAGUCUGACUAAACACCAGAGAAUCCACACAGAAGAGAAACCUUAUAGCUGUUAUCAAUGUGGGAAGAGUUUUUCUACUUCUCUCUAUCGGGCAGUGCACCAGAGAACACACACAGGAGAGAAACCUUAUAGCUGUGAUCAAUGUGGGAAGAGGUUUACUAAAUUUAGGAGUCAGACUAGACACCUGAGAACACACACAGGAGAGAAAUCUUAUAUCUGUGAUCAAUGUGGGAAGAGUUUUACUACAUCAAGCAAUCUGACUUCACACCAGAGAACACACACAGGAGAGAAAUCUCAUAGCUGUGGUCAAUGUGGGAAGAGUUUUACUACUUCUGGCUCUCUGACAGUGCACCAGAGAACCCACACAGGAGAGAAACCUUAUAGCUGUGAUCAAUGUGGGAAGAGUUUUACUACUUCUGGCUCUCUGACAGUGCACCAGAGAACACACACAGGAGAGAAACCUUAUAGCUGUGCUCAAUGUGGGAAAAGUUGUACUACAUCAAGCAAUCUGACUUCACACCAGAGAACACACACAGGAGAGAAAUCUCAUAGUUGUGAUCAAUGUGGGAAGAGUUUUAUGACAUCAAGUAAUCUGACUACACACCAGAAAACACACACAGGAGAGAAACCUUGUAGCUGUGAUCAAUGUGGGAAGAGUUUUUCUACUUCUGGCUCUCUGACAGUGCACCAGAGAAUACACACAGGAGAUAAACCUUAUAGCUGUGAUCAAUGUGGGAAGAGUUUUUGUCAAUCUAGUAUGCUGACAGUGCACCAGAGAACACACACAGGAGAUAAACCUUAUAGCUGUGAUCAAUGUGGGAAGAGUUUUAGUCAAUCUAGCAAUCUGACAGUGCACCAGAGAACACACACAGGAGAGAAACCUUAUAGCUGUGAUCAAUGUGGGAAGAGUUUUACUAGAUCUAGCUAUCUGACAGUGCACCAGAGAACACAUUCAGGAGAGAAAUCGUAUAGCUGUGACCAGAGGUAAUCUGAUAAAAGAUCUCUGACUAAACAUCAGAAAAUACAUGAAGGAGUUGUUUCAUGAUAUCAAUGAAUUAAUGUCACAAUGUAGAAUGUUUAAACAUUGUAGUAGGAGUAUUUUAAUAUUGUCACAAUGUAGAAGCCUAAAUGUUUGUCCCCUGUUCUAUUGAUUUCAACAUGAUAUGGAUAUUAUCCUCAGGGGGGAAAUCCAGGCUCUGAAUUGAAAGAGUACUAUUUAUGAGAUUUAGUAAGUUCACAUUAUUCCCAGAUUCAGUGUGGUUUUUGAGCUGCUAGUUUUAACAGUACGUGCAACCUCAUCUCCCUCCUGUCGCACAAAUGAUUUUAGCAUGAAAUUGAUUAGUUAUGACAAAUAAGUGUUGCGUUCCUUUGUUUAGCGACCCCUACAUUUAAACGCAUUCCAACAUCACGUUUCCCCUCUAAUCGAUAUCAGUGAUUUAUUGCUACUUGUCAAAACAGCGUUUCUGGUGCUUGUGCAGUUUAUAAGGAGCUUGUUUAAAAAAAUACAAGAAAUAUGAUUAUUGUGGCAGAUGUUUGUGUAAAUAGCACAUGUUAUGUUUAGGUUUUCAAUUUAUCCCAAACUGUUUCUGCAUAUUGGUUAUUGAUUUGGACACGUUAAAACUGUGUUUUGACAUUGAGGCUAUCCCACCUAGCAAAAUGUAAUUGAAAAGUCGUUGAAAAUAAGACUAUGCAAUCAAAUAUUUUUUUUAACAUUUUUUAUUAUACCAUGCCUUACCAUUAAGUGAAUUAUUGACAAUACAUAUUAACAAAGGAGUGUCCAUUUGGUUUUGAUCAUUCAUAUUUACAAUUCAUGUAACUUUUAGUAAUCAUAAUUAUUUAUGCAAUCAACUGACAAUUUUCGGGUAUAAAUAUAUUGACAUUGUUGCCCUUCUUUUAGAAUAGCAGGGUUCAUUCUCAGAUGUGCCAACCCAAAUGUACUAGAGCAUGACAUUGGGGACUGGCCCCCGAUCCAACAACAUGCCUAUCGAGUGAACUCUGAAAAGAGAGAGAAGCUCCGCAGUGAUUUGGAAAGUUACUGGAUAUUGCAGGAGUUUCCUCUUGAAAUCAGACAUGUCCGUGUUAAGGACAACUUAGUUGCUGAUUGUUUCAAGGGUGGGCAGUCAUUGUUUUGCGUUUAGCCAUUGCGUUGCCAUGGAUCACAAUUUAUUUUGACUGCACGGUUUUCCGUAUUGGAGAUGAGUUUUGUUUGGGCUCGUUCCAAGGGGACGAGAGUUCUAGAAGCUAGUGAGUUUUAGGAAGAUGAGAGUUCUAGAACAUAAUGAGUUUUAGGAAGACGAGAGUUCUAGAACAUGGUGAGUUUUAGGAAGACGAGAGUUCUAGAAGCUAUUGAGUUUUAGGAUUCUAUAGAAUGAAAAAGGAGAAAAAAAUAAUACGAUUGUAUAUUAUUAUUUAGAAAUACGUGUUUUUUCUUGAUUUUAAUUGUUGACAGCCAGUAGACACUGUGUUUAUAUUGUAGAAGCAUUGUAGUUGAUUAUGUGAAAUGGAGGUUUUCUGUUUGGGGGUGAGCAAACAUGUCCAACAAAAAUUAUAGGUUUUAUUUGUUGUCUUAAGGGGGAAGGUGUUACAGGCUUUGGUUUUUCCAUUUAUGUUUUGAGGUUGGUCUUUAUCACGUCUAGCUCGUUAGCACGUAGGACGCACCGAUUCGUGUCACCUCGUUAGUCACUAUGUGUUACACCUGUGCUGGCUUGUCCAUCUCGUUAGUGGGAAGGUGUUUCACCUGAGCUGGUCCAGGUUCUAUUUAAGAGUGUCUGGCCCAUUGCUCCAGUUGUCUUGAUAGAUGUGGAGAGUCAACACCUUUAGUUGCGCCACCUUUUUGGUUUGCUUCCUGUCUUUAAGUUUGGUGUGGGUUUUUCAUUUGUUUGCUUCUUCUUGGGCAGAUUUAGUGGGUCUCAUGGUGGGUGUCUUUUUUGUCCCAGUUGUUGUUACUAGUCAACUUUCAGUGACACUGAGAGCAAAACUGCAACAUUAUGUUAUAAUACUUUUAUUGCAUCAAAUGGUUGUUUUAUGCAACAGAAUAGAGGGUUCUUUGAACUAUAGUGUCUGUGUUUUCUACUGAGGAUGGGCCACUGGGAGAAAACACUGACAGGAGAUAUACAAUGUCUUUUGGGUGAUAAAACCAAUAGAGACCUUAUUCCAGAGCAUGAGUUAAUGUUUCUGUUCUAUAUGGUACCAGGGAGAGAUGACCCCAGGGCCAGACCCUGGUCUCUACACACAGAGUACUGUUUUUACAGCAGAUACUGUCUUCUGAGAAUUACAAGUAUCUUUCAUACAAAUCUUAACCUUGUGACCCGUUCUAUACAUCUGUUGUUCGCUAUGUAGGUUGAAAGGGGUGCAUCUUGGCUGUAAAAGACCUUUGUAGUUUUGUCCUGUGGGUCGACCAGCCAUCAUUAUCGUAGAGCAUUCAAUUGAUUCACUUUAUAUGUGUACGUUGUAUUUACCUGCUUCCUUAUUAAUAAGUGAAUAAAGAUUUAGUUUAAGAAUAA